ACUUUUGGGUUUCCUGUGCUUUCUCUGGUUACAAGAUGGCGGACAAAACUAAAGAAAGUAAAUCGGCGCGCUAUUAUUUUCCUCAUGAUCACAGUAAGCUUGAAUGCGAAGACAAAUCCAGAAAUUAUGAUUCAAAGGUUUCCUCAAUAAGCAAAACUUCUCCUGAUUCAAGCAAGCAUAGGUCGCGAAGUCGGGGCCGAUCGACCUCGGUAGAUGAUGGAAGUCGCAGUAGAUCAAGGAGAAAAAGACUGUCUAGAAGCUCUUCGAGAUCAUCUGACAGGGAUGGAGAAAAACAUGAUUAUGGAAACAACAGAAAACAGAGAAAUGCUCAGUCAUCAUCAUCAACUGAAACUAGCCAGAGAUCACGAGCUCGGAAAAGACAAUCAUCUUCAUCCUCAUCAACAACUUCAAGCUCACCUGAGAGGAAUAUAAAAAAGAAAAGUUCAAAAGCUCCGAAGAGACAAUCAUCAUCAUCAUCAUCAAGUUUACCCAAAAGGAAAACAAAAAAGAAACAACACAGAUUAAAAAGUGGAAAUACACGGUCACAAACCUCAUCAUCAUCAGCAGCAAGUUCACCAGAAAGGAAAUCAGGGAACAAAACACAUUCAAGAUCAAGAAGCAAAACAAAAUCAAAAAGGUUGUACUCUUCAUCUGAAAGUAGUGAGAGUGAUUCAGAUUACAAGAGACAGAAAAGAUCUAAAAAGAAAAAGAAACAGAUGAAAAAAGAAAAGAAAAAGGGUUUGAAAAAAGUCAAAUUGACAGCAGUCAAUCAAAAUAAAUAUGGCAAGUAUGGCAUCUUGGUGGAUUCUGACAUGUAUACAAAGCAGCCAGAAUUCUACUGCUGGUUAAUGGAGAUCAAGAAAGUGAACCCUGAAAUUGUCGGAAGGUUUGAGACCAAGAAGUACUUUGACGAUUUUAUGGAGGAUUAUAAUACGGCAACUUUACCACAUAAAAAGUAUUAUAACUUGGAAAAGUGGGAAAAGAAACAAAGUAUAAAAGAAAAGCGCAUGUUGAUUGCCAAAAAAGAGCAGCUUUCCUUUGCUGAUGAUGAAACAAAACAUCUGAACAAAUUCAGAGGAGGAGAAAAGAAAUAUGGUGUAAGUCAGGAAAAACUGUUGGAGAUGAGACAAGCAAUGAAGCAGCGGACAGAAAAAGAGUACAAGAGGAAUAUUGGCUUUGAUAAUGAAAGCAAAAAAUAGCUACUGUAUUCAUGUUCUUUGCCUUCCAAAUGACAGUAGUUGGAAAAGUUUUCCUUGCAAAAAAAAUAGUCAUGCCAGUGUUUUUAUUCUGACCAAUUUGAACUGAACAGAAAUACUUAAAAAAGCCUCAUUGUCACCAGCUUACUUCCGGUUGAUAAUGGAAAACCUUGAAAUAUUUCAAAAUUGUGAAAGCAGUGUGUCUAUUGGAAGUUUCUUUGAGGAUGUGAUUUAUGAUUUAGAGCAGAUGGCCAGUUAAAUAGUGUGGAUUCUAAUAGAUUCUAUUGUCUGUUAACAGUUGAGGUUUCUGUCAUAUUCCGUUGGACCUCCGAAAGUAAACCGGUGACAAUGCAACUUUAACCAUUCAAAAGAAUCACUCUUUGGUGAAUUUGGACUCUGAAAUUGCAUUGGCAUGCUUGCUGUUUUAUAUUAUUUGGUUUAACUUUUAUCAAAGCAGGGUGCGCAUUCUUAUUGGUUUUGAUAUUUUAUUGGCUGGAUAUUGUGUCGUUGCGAAUGUAAUCUGUAUGAAUAGGAGAGGAAUGUAAAAAUAGGAAUUAGUAGAGUGGAAGUUCAAAAGGUGUUGUUAAAGUGCAUCAGACACUGUAGCGUCACCAAGACAAGGAAGCUAGCCUUUAUGUAACAUACAAAAAACACAUUUUGAUUGACAUGAACAUGUCAUGUUUGAUGGGCACUGAGGCAUUUCUUUGCCUCACAAGAUGGCUAUUGAAGUAGAUCAGAAAGUGUAUUUCUUUCAUCCA